CUUUUGGUGGGCGUCGCCUUUCCUCGCGAGAACCCGCUCUCCCGAUCCCGCGUCCCGCCAAUCACCGGCCGCCGUCCUCCGUCACGUGUCUUCCGAGGUGGGGCGGAAGUGUAUUGUGGGGAGUGUGGUUCCGGUGCGUAAGAGCUGCCCGGGGACCCCGGAGAGGACUACAACUCCCAGCGUUACCCCGUUUCCCGCCUUUCCACCUGACCCCCCCACUGCCGGAGAAACACCCCCUAUCCCCUCCCCCCCAACCGGGAGAACCGACCGCACACCCCGAUCAUGAGGGACAAACAGAAGAGGCGGAGGGAGCGCACGUGGGCCGAGGCCGCUGAGAUGGUCUUGGAGAAUUAUUCAGACGCACCAAUGACCCCAAAACAGAUUCUGAAUGUGAUCGAGGCCGAGGGGCUUAAAGAGACAAAAAGCGGAUCGUCGCCACUCGCCUGCUUGAAUGCCAUGCUACAUUCUAACUCCAGAACCCGAGAGGCUCUUUUCUACAAGCUCCCCGGACGGAUAAGUCUGUUCACAAUGAAGAAGAAUGCUGUGCAUUGGUCUCGUGUGCCAUUGCCUGACGACGGAGACACUGAAGACACAGCCGAUGAAGAGAGCAGCCAAUGGAAUGAGACCACUACAGGAGCUGCAGUGGAAUCCUUUGGAAGCGCGUCUUCUUCCCAAGAGUCUAACGUCAGAGAAACCAGGUCCUUGGUGCAGGUCAAUAAGCAGAAGAGAAGAAGUGGAGUUUUAAUGCCUCGUGUCGUUUUGACGCCUCUGAAAGUCAAUGGGGCCCAUUUACCAUCAACCUCUGGCUUAUCUGCCCGCCGUGUAGAGAGCGAAUCCUCCAGUAACCGAAGCAUGGGGAGCAAUCUGACAUUUCACAGGCGUUCAGCACUGAGUGGAAAUUCCACACAUCAUCUCAGAAGUAUGAAGACUUCCCCGGUUGCAGGACAAGUAAAGAAGAAUAAAGAAGAAGAGAUUGAUAUCGAAACCCCGGGUUCUAUUCUCGUCAACACAAACCUUCGCGCUCUGAUCAACGUACGCACCUUUAAUGCCCUCCCCCACAAUCUUCAACAGCAGCUGCUGCAUUUGCUCCCAGAGGUGGACAGACAGGUCACUUCAGACGGGCAGAUGAAGAUGAGUGGCAGUGCCCUGAAUAACGAGUUCUUUGCCCACGCCUGUCAGAGAUGGAGGGAGAGGCUGGCAGAUGGUGAGUUUACACCAGAGAUGCAGCUGAGAAUGAGACAAGAGAUGGGCAAAGAAAAGAAAAUAGAAGAUUGGAAGGAGACGUUCUUUGAAGAUUUUUACGGGCAGAAACUUGGACUGUCUGAGGACCCAGGUUCUGAUCCAGAAGAGAAAUGCAACCCACCUGACUCCACAAGUGAAGCUCUGCAGAGGACCACCCCAGAGCCUAUUCACGUUGAAGAAUCCCUUCCAGAUAUUCGGGGCAGACUGCGGCGGAGCAUGUACAGAAACCGAGAGAGACUCCAGAAGACCCUUCCAGUGGCUUCCAAAGCAAGAAUCUCCUCUCCACCUCCACCACCACCUCCUCCUCCUCCUUCUCCCAAGAAAGCUGAGAAUGUCGGCCCAGCUUUAGAGGAAAGAUUGGCCCCGGCGGAAGCCGUAAACCUUCCAUCCACUUCCGACAGGGUCCCAGAGCUUCAUCCCGAGAACAGCGAGCAGCAGAAAAGGAAGAUUGCCGAUCCAGAUAGCUCCAGCCCCUCCUUCGAAAAGAAGCCGCGAAUGGAACAGCGUCAGUCCUUUCGUAACACAAUUACAAGUGUUCACCCAGAAAAGCCGCAGCCCACCAAAGAAGAACCAAAAGUCCCACCAAUCCGGAUCCAGCUUUCUCGCAUCAAACCUCCCUGGGUGGUUAAAGGUCUGCCAGCUUACCAGAUCUGUCCCCGGAUCAUCCCAAACACUGAUCCCCCUGGGUGCCAACCUACUUCCUGCUCACUUUCUGACAGUCAGACCAGUGGCCAUGACCUCCAGACCUCCAUUGGUGGUGGCGGAGGCCCGGGAGGAGGCCACCACAGCACCAGGACUAAGCACAGACAUCGCAAGAAGGCAGCAGAUUGCUGCAGAACACAAUUACUGCCGUCCGCUACAGUGAGUGAUUCGGCAGACAAACCUCAAGUUCCUCGAGUCAAAAUCACUUGGACUAAUAGUUCCCCGGAGACCAAAGAGCAUGGCCUCUCUGGCGCCAUGACCAAAGAGUGGCAUGUCAAUGAGGUGGUCGAUGGUGGCGAUGUCUCUGGUGUCCCAUCUUUGGAUUACUGUAAUGGUAAGAGUUGCGAUGAAGCUGCAAAUGAUGAUACUAUGGAUGGUAAAGGGGAAGAAAAUGUAAGAGUCGGCCGGCCGGCUUCCGUUCUUGUGGAUUCUGCAGGGCAAGGGAACUAUCUACAGACCGAAUCCGUGUCUUGUGUUCUCGGUGAUGUGUCCAAUACUUUUCAGAACAGAAUUAAGCCCGUUAACCCGAGUUCAACUGAGAAGGAUACUAACGACGCCAUGGAUUCCUCACAACCAGACCUCCAAGAUUCCGUUGUUGUCCCUCAAUUUUACGAACCUCAGCCAGCCAGCAGCACCUCAACUGAUAACCAACAUUGGGACUGUGGAAAUCGUCAGGAUAACGAACCUGUUCUGGAGACGGUCCCUUGUAAGUUGGUCAACGUAUCUCACGUUUUGGAUGUACGGGAGCAAAACAAGUCUGACUUGUUGGACAACGUCAAACAAAAUCAAACGUACAAGUUGACGGGGUCUUCUCACUCCCCGUCCUAUGACACAUGUGAGGGUGCACCCAUACAAACCACAGAUUUAUCUUCUCUGCAUACGGACUUGAACGUUGUGUUCAAAGUUGGAGAUGAUUUAUCUCCCAAAGGCCUGAAUGACUGUCUCAAUGAUUCUUUACCCCUGGUCGCUCCCACCGCUGUAGAAAGGGAAUUCCCCAUGGAGCAAGUGUCGACGUGUCCAACGUUCAUCUCCAAAGAUGGAUUCUUUUUGGCAAACACUGGCGAAGAGUCACCGAGAUCUUGUUCACACCCCAGUGUCCAAAUUCUGGAUGAAAGGGUUGUAUAUAAAGGGAGUGCAGGGAAGCCUAGCCCUCGUAGUAUUGACCCACCUACCUUCUUGGAACUCUUCCAUGGUGAGGUAUUUUGUGAUGAAAAAGAGCAGCGUUUUCUAGCCAACGAUCCAGAGUCCGCCAUCAAGGAUCCUCUGGUUUUGGACUUGCCGAUUAUCCAGUUUCCCAAGGAUGUCGAUGUCCGCGUUGAGCUGCCGGUAGAUUUGUUGUCGCUGUCCCCGCCAGGCAAAUUAAAACACACUCUAUUCGGGAGGCUGACCACGCGAGCGCUGGAUGUGGGGUCUUACCGCUACUCGGCAGGGGUGCGCCUCUCCUCCUUUCCUGGAGACUACGCCAUGACCGGCGAGGCCUCCUUGUCCGUGGAAGUCUUCGCCAAGCAUGAUAGCGGGGAGCACGUAUCAUUUCGGUGCAGCUUCAAAGCCAUGACAGUUUGCGAAGGGUGCGGAGCGUUCUAUCAUAUCGACUGCAUAGGCCCCUCCAAGCUUUGUGAUUCGUGCCUUGUCAUAAGAUAGUAAAAAAAGAUCGCCCGGGACUUUCAAUAGUACAUUGUCUGUAUUUUCAUAACCUCGGAGCCCCGGAGGUGAUUUAAUAUUGUAUAAUGCUUCAUUUUUGUUAGACUAAACCGCUGAUGAUGAUGAUUAUUAUUCAGCUCUUAUUGUGAUACAGAUCCUGUUGAAGGGGCAGUAAUGGAAAAGAGCUAGUUACUGGUUUUAUAAACAAUUUUUUAUUUUUUUUUGCCUCUUCUUAUUGGUCAUUAUCAGACACAGAGCGCCAAUGGGAAAAGGUGGUUUAUUGAUAGUUACAAAUUGAAUUGUAGGAUGGGUUCCCUUUUUUUUGCAAAGUAGCGCCAAGACCAACAUCAUGUGGCAACCAGUUGGGGUCUGGUCUACAGCAGUUGGCAUAAAGAAUGGUUGAUAUGACUAUUGUCUUUAUGCUACGUUUUUUUCGGCAGAUGUUUUCAGCUUUUAGACAUUUUUGAGGACAUCUUGUUUAAAACGGUCUAUAUCGGGGAUAUGCAAUUAUCGGUCCUCCAGCUGUUGCAGAACUACAAAUCCCAUGAGGCAUAGCAAGACAGCCACAAGCAUGACACGCCGUGGCAUGAUGGGACUUCUAGUUUUGCAACAGCUGGAGGUCCGCUAAUUGCAAAUCCCUGGUCUAUAUUUUGGUAACGAGUGAAUUGGCUGUUUGAAUAAAACACACAGGCUUUAAUUUGGUUGAAUUCAUGAGCCUCAUAGGCGUUCAAAGGUGUUUUCAAAAGUUUAUUGCCCCUUAAACCACUUUUAUCUCUUUGUAUUUUUUUUUU